AGAGCCUUGGCUCAAUCACGAGAUCAUAGCCGUCUCGUUUCUGUGAAGCGCCCGAGGGAAAAUGGCCGCUGGGCUUGUGCCCUUCAAAUGGGAUCACUUGGACAACAUUGGAGAUGUAUACACCCCUCGAACAGGUCAUGCCGUGGUGAACGAGGAUGGUGUGUUCUACCUAUUUGGCGGCACGGAUGGAGCUGCGCGCCAGAGCGAUGUGCAUGCGUACAACGUGGAGACCAACCUUUGGCAAGAGAUUCGCGCGGGUGGCCGUGCGCCACCGGCUAGAAGUGGAGCACAGGCAGUCGUGUGGAAUGGCGCCGUAUGGUUCUUCGGGGGCUACACCAAGAAGGACGGGGACUACUUCAAUGAUGUGUACAAGUACGAAAUUGCCACGAGUAUGUGGGGCUCAGUGCACACUUUGGGGGAAGCCCCGUCCAAGCGAACAGAUCACAGCGUGGUCCUCUUCCGCGAUUCGCUGCUAGUCUUUGGCGGCUUCGAUGGCCACAACAGGUUCAACGACCUGCGGGAGCUGCACCUCAAGGACAAGCGCUGGAGCCAGGUGAGUGUGCGCAGCCAAGUCCCCCGGAAUCGCUUUGGGCAUACAGCCGUCAUCUAUGGACAUUCCAUGUACAUUUUCGGCGGCUGGGAUGGCCACGACACUCUGCAGGAGCUUUUCGAGUACAACAUCUCGUCCAACAUGUGGAUUUCGCUGCCGCUGCGCGGAACUGCCCCAAGAGCUCGCUAUCGUCAUACGGCUGUGGUGUGUGGCGAUGCGAUGUUCACCUUUGGCGGCGUCGACAAAACCCAGUACCGCUUCCCCGAUCUGCAUGAGUACAACUUCACGCAUCGGCACUGGCUUAAGGUCGCGACGAUGUCUGUACAACCUUCGGCAAGGACUUUCCACAAGACGGUUGUCCAUGAGGGAACUAUGUACAUUCUUGGUGGCUUUGAUGGGCGGCGCUUGAACGACAUGUACCGCAUCGUGCUGCGCACGAAGCCGGAGUUGCAGCGCUGUCAGAAGCAGCUCGCUGAUCAGGCGUCCAGCAGCCCGCCGGUGCCGGUGGGCUCCUCCCGGCCCGACGCGCUCAGCGGGGCGGUGGGGGAUGCCCAGGACGCAGCUCAGACGCUGAUGCCAGAGGACUUGUGGUGCUGGACUCGCAUUGAUGGACAGCAGGGGCAGGUGUACACCCCUCGAACUGGACAUGCCGUCGUGGUGUGGAACCAUUGCUUCUACCUCAUGGGAGGCACGGACGAGAACGCUCGGCAGAACGAUAUCUACCGCUUCGACGUGCGCAACAAGGUGUGGGCUUGCGUGAAGCCCGUGGCCGGCGACCCUCCCUCGGCGCGCUCCGGCUCCAAGGCAGUGGUAUGUAGGGACAGCAUCUUCUUCUUCGGCGGGUACACCAAGAAGGACGGGGACUACUUCAAUGAUCUCUUCGAGUUCAACAUCCCCUCGGCCCAUUGGACCCGCAUCGAUUCAGGGCAAAAGCCCUCGGUCCGCACAGACCACUCCUGCGUCGUCUACGAGGCGAGCCUCUACAUCUUUGGAGGAUUUGAUGGCCGCACUCGAUUCCAGGAUCUGCACCAGUUCAACACGGAAGAUAGAGAUUGGUUUCAGGUGUCUGAGACGGACAACAUGCCGGUUGGUCGCUUUGGUCACUCUGCCGUGGUCUACCAGUCGAGCAUGUUUGUCUUUGGCGGCUGGGAUGGCCAUGAUACCCUGGAUGACCUCUACGAGUUCUCCAUCACGACCAGCCAAUGGUACAGCGUGCCUGGUCGUGGGGAUGUGCCGCCGUCCAGGUAUCGGCACAGCGCGGUGGUGCACGGCUGCGCCAUGUUCGUCUUCGGUGGUGUGGAUAAGCGACAGGCGAGGUUCUCUGAUCUCUGCGAGUUCAGCUUUGACACACGGUCCUGGUCGAAGGUCAAAACAACUGGGGAUCCGCCCUCUGCCCGAACCUUCCACCGUGCGGUGAUGUAUGGGGGCUGUAUGUACAUCCUGGGUGGUUUUGACGGCACGCGGCGCAACGACAUGUACAAGAUUGCGGUCCCAGAGCAGCUGCCGCGGGGUGACGAGAAGCGGCGGCGUCGCAUGCAGCUCAGCGGCGACGAUGCUGAGGCAGCCGCGGAGCCUGAGAUCGGUGAAGUGGAAGGCCCGCACGAGAACAACAAGGAGACCUCACGUCUGCGGCUGCAGGUGCUGGAGCUCCAAAAGCGCUUGGAGAGUGAGCUCGAACGUCAUUUGUGCAAGAUUUGCUUUGAGCGCGAGAUCAACACAGUCAUUCUCGAUUGUUCACAUCGAGCUGUUUGUUCCCGCUGCCUUGACCAGGUCACCACCUGUCCGCUUUGCCGCGCAGACAUCCGGUCCACCGUCAUCACGUACAAUGCCUGACCAGCCGCCGGUCCCGCGGUUCCGAGAGACUUGGAGGCCCACGACUCGCUGCCUUGGCUGGUCUGGCCCGGCCACUUCCCUCAUGGACUGGAGAGAGUAGUUCGAUGUGGCCGACCUCUUGCCGCAUUCUCCCUCUGGGUUCAGGUGUCGCAAGCGCACCGGCAAGAGGCUCCGGCCAGAGAGUGGCUGAAGCUUACCUGCAGCACUGUGCCCCAAAACGACGAGUCUUCUGUCGAAAGCUCCAGCGAUGACAAGGUCGUGCUUCAGCCACGCGUUAGUUUGAAUCAGCUCAAGAUUCGCACGCUCGUUGGCAAUGGCACAACGAGGCUUUCAACCUUUUCACAAGUUUCUAGGUAUCUUGGUUUCAUUCCGGCCGCGCUCUCAGCCCCCGCGAGUGAGCCGCGGGCUGGAACAUUUUCUCAGGCUCUCAUGGCAGGCAAGGUACUCCCCGUAUCCAGGCGGCUGCAGUGCCCGGAAAGGGCAGUGCAGCCACAACCUCAGGUGUCACCCAGGUAUCCAGCCCCAUUCACCGACCCCGCACCUGGUUUGAUUGCU